CCUCGCUCCCGCCGCCCGCCCGCCACCCGCCAGCCCAGGUGCCCGCCCGCCUGUCCGCACGUCCGUUUGUCCGCGCGUCCGUUUGUUGGCGCGUUCGAAGACCUCAGCCCCCGAGCGCUCGGGGUCGAGAGCCGGGAGGCAGGGGCGCAGCGCGGGGCUCCGGGCCCUGAGAUCGCGGGACGGGGCCCGGCCGCGGUGGCCCGGAGUCGGGGCCGCCUCCACCGGGCCGCGCCACCGGAUUUGUAGCGGCAGAGGCCGUACUCCCCUCCUGAGGCUGUUUCGAGGGCCCUCCCGGGGCUGUUUUGAGGGCCCUCCCGGGCGGAGUCUGUGGCCAGUGGUCCGCCGGCGUAGAAGAGAAGGACGUGCGGCCCCCAGCGCCUCUCGGGCGGCCGCUUUGGAGCAUGCACCCCGCGGGCCAGCGCCGCGCGCUCUGAUCCUCCCGGACCCCGCGCUCCCACAGCUAUGGGCGCUGGGGGCAGGCGGGGGGCGGCGGCCCUGCCGCUGCUGGUGGCCGUUGCCGCGCUGCUGGUGAGCGCCGCGGGCCACCUGUACCCUGGAGAGGUGUGCCCAGGGAUGGAUAUCCGGAAUAACCUUACACGGCUGCAUGAGUUGGCCAACUGCUCGGUCAUCGAAGGACAUUUGCAGAUCCUGUUGAUGUUCAAAACGCGGCCCGAGGAUUUCCGAGACCUCAGUUUCCCCAAACUCAUCAUGAUCACUGAUUACUUGCUGCUCUUCCGGGUCUACGGGCUGGAGAGCCUGAAGGACCUGUUCCCCAACCUCACCGUCAUCCGGGGCUCACGCCUCUUCUUUAACUAUGCGCUGGUCAUCUUUGAGAUGGUUCACUUGAAGGAGCUUGGCCUCUACAAUUUGAUGAACAUCACCAGGGGUGCUGUCCGCAUCGAGAAGAACAAUGAGCUCUGCUACCUGGCGACCAUCGACUGGUCGCGCAUCCUGGACUCUGUGGAGGAUAAUUACAUUGUGCUGAACAAAGACGACAACGAGGAGUGUGGGGACAUUUGCCCAGGCACCGCGAAGGGCAAGACCAAUUGCCCUGCCACCGUCAUCAAUGGGCAAUUUGUCGAGCGGUGUUGGACGCACAGUCACUGCCAGAAAGUGUGCCCGACCAUCUGUAAGUCGCACGGAUGCACUGCCGAGGGCCUCUGCUGUCACAGCGAGUGUUUGGGCAACUGCUCUGAGCCAGACGACCCCACCAAGUGCGUGGCCUGCCGCAACUUCUACCUGGACGGCAGGUGCGUGGAGACCUGCCCGCCCCCCUACUACCACUUCCAAGACUGGCGCUGCGUGAACUUCAGCUUCUGCCAGGACCUGCACAACAAAUGCAAGAACUCAAGGAGACAGGGCUGCCACCAGUAUGUCAUUCACAACAACAAGUGUAUCCCUGAGUGCCCCUCAGGGUACACGAUGAAUUCCAGCAACUUGAUGUGCACUCCGUGCCUGGGCCCCUGUCCCAAAGUGUGUCACCUCCUGGAAGGCGAGAAGACCAUCGACUCAGUGACAUCCGCCCAGGAGCUCCGAGGCUGCACCAUUAUCAACGGGAGCCUAAUCAUCAACAUUCGAGGAGGCAACAACCUCGCAGCCGAACUAGAGGCCAACCUUGGACUCAUUGAGGAGAUUUCAGGGUACCUGAAAAUCCGCCGAUCCUAUGCCCUCGUGUCACUUUCCUUCUUCCGGAAGUUGCGUCUGAUCCGAGGGGAGACGUUGGAAAUCGGGAACUAUUCUUUCUAUGCCUUGGACAACCAGAACCUAAGGCAGCUGUGGGACUGGAGCAAACACAACCUCACCAUCACUCAGGGGAAACUCUUCUUCCAUUAUAAUCCCAAACUCUGCUUGUCGGAAAUUCACAAGAUGGAGGAAGUUUCUGGAACCAAGGGGCGCCAGGAGAGAAAUGAUAUUGCCCUGAAGACCAAUGGGGACCAGGCAUCCUGUGAAAAUGAGUUACUUAAAUUUUCUUACAUUCGGACAUCUUAUGACAAGAUCUUGCUGAAGUGGGAGCCGUAUUGGCCCCCCGACUUCCGAGACCUCCUGGGGUUCAUGCUCUUCUACAAAGAGGCCCCUUAUCAGAACGUGACGGAGUUUGACGGGCAGGAUGCGUGUGGCUCCAACAGCUGGACGGUGGUGGACAUUGACCCACCUACGAGGUCCAAUGACCCCAAGUCCCAGAACCAUCCUGGGUGGCUGAUGCGUGGUCUCAAGCCCUGGACCCAGUAUGCCAUCUUUGUCAAGACUUUGGUCACCUUUUCUGAUGAACGACGCACCUAUGGAGCCAAGAGUGACAUCAUCUACGUCCAGACAGAUGCCACAAAUCCUUCCGUCCCCCUGGAUCCCAUCUCGGUUUCUAAUUCCUCGUCCCAGAUCAUUCUGAAGUGGAAGCCCCCCUCUGACCCCAACGGCAACAUUACACACUACCUGGUGUUCUGGGAGAGGCAGGCGGAGGACAGUGAGCUGUAUGAACUGGAUUAUUGCCUCAAAGGGUUGAAGCUGCCCUCCCGGACCUGGUCCCCACCGUUCGAGACUGAGGGGUCCCAGAAGCACAAUCAGAGUGAGUACGAGGAAUCCUCUGGGGAAUGCUGCUCCUGCCCAAAGACCGACUCGCAGAUCCUCAAGGAGCUGGAGGAAUCAUCAUUCAGGAAAACGUUUGAAGAUUACCUACACAAUGUGGUAUUCAUCCCCAGAAAAUCCUCUUCAGGCCCUGCUGCCGAGGACGCUAGGCCAUCCAGGAAACGCAGGGCCCUUGGUGACAUGGGGAACAUAACUGUGGCCGUGCCCACCAUUCCGGGUUUCUCCAACACCUCCUCCACCAGCGCGCCCACGAGCUCGGAGGAGCACAGACCCUUUGAGAAGGUGGUGAACAGAGAGUCGCUGGUCAUCUCUGGCCUGCGUCACUUCACUGGCUAUCGCAUUGAGCUGCAGGCUUGCAACCAAGAUGCCCCCGAAGAGAGGUGCAGUGUGGCUGCGUAUGUCAGCGCCAGGACCAUGCCCGAAGCCAAGGCAGAUGAUAUUGUUGGCCCUGUGACCCAUGAAAUCUUCGAGAACAACGUCGUUCACUUGAUGUGGCAGGAGCCGAAGGAACCCAAUGGUCUGAUUGUGCUGUACGAAGUGAGUUACCGACGAUAUGGCGAUGAGGAGCUGCAUCUCUGCGUCUCCCGCAGGCAUUUUGCUCUGGAGCGAGGCUGCAGGCUACGCGGGCUGCCACCUGGGAAUUACAGCGUGCGAGUUCGGGCCACCUCCCUGGCGGGUAAUGGCUCCUGGACAGAGGCCACCUAUUUCUACGUGACAGACUAUUUAGACGUCCCAUCAAAUAUUGCAAAAAUUAUCAUUGGCCCCCUCAUCUUUGUCUUUCUCUUCAGUGUUGUGAUUGGAAGCAUUUAUCUGUUCCUGAGGAAGAGGCAGCCGGAUGGGCCACUGGGACCAUUGUAUGCUUCUUCGAACCCAGAGUACCUCAGUGCCAGCGAUGUAUUUCCAUGUUCUGUGUACGUGCCGGACGAGUGGGAGGUGCCUCGGGAGAAGAUCACGCUCCUGCGCGAGCUGGGGCAGGGCUCCUUCGGCAUGGUGUACGAGGGAAACGCCAGGGACAUCGUCAAGGGUGAGCCGGAGACCCGCGUGGCGGUGAAGACGGUCAACGAGUCGGCCAGCCUGCGAGAGCGGAUCGAGUUUCUCAACGAGGCCUCCGUCAUGAAGGGCUUCACCUGCCACCAUGUGGUCCGCCUCCUGGGGGUGGUAUCCAAAGGCCAGCCAACAUUGGUGGUGAUGGAGUUGAUGGCUCACGGAGACUUAAAGAGUUACCUGCGUUCCCUGCGGCCAGAGGCUGAGAAUAACCCCGGCCGCCCUCCCCCUACCCUGCAAGAGAUGAUUCAGAUGGCAGCAGAGAUUGCUGAUGGGAUGGCGUACCUGAACGCCAAGAAGUUUGUACACCGGGACCUCGCCGCGCGAAAUUGCAUGGUCGCCCAUGAUUUUACCGUCAAAAUCGGAGACUUUGGAAUGACCAGAGACAUCUACGAAACGGAUUACUACCGGAAAGGGGGCAAGGGUCUGCUGCCCGUGCGAUGGAUGGCACCCGAAUCCCUGAAGGACGGGGUCUUUACCACUUCUUCUGACAUGUGGUCCUUUGGCGUGGUCCUUUGGGAAAUUACCAGCUUGGCAGAACAGCCUUACCAAGGCCUUUCAAACGAGCAGGUGUUGAAAUUUGUCAUGGAUGGAGGCUAUCUGGAUCAACCUGACAAUUGUCCAGAGAGAGUCACCGACCUGAUGCGCAUGUGCUGGCAGUUCAACCCCAAGAUGCGGCCGACCUUCCUGGAGAUUGUCGACCUGCUCAAGGACGACCUGCACCCCAGCUUUCCCGAAGUCUCCUUCUUCCACAGCGAGGAGAACAAAGCACCCGAGAGCGAGGAGCUGGAGAUGGAGUUUGAGGACAUGGAGAGCGUCCCCCUGGACCGGUCCUCACACUCGCAGAGGGAGGAGGUCGGGGGUCGGGAUGGAGGGUCCGCGCUGGGGCUAAAGAGGAACUAUGAGGAGCACAUCUCCUACACCCACAUGAACGGAGGCAAGAAAAACGGCCGGAUUCUGACUCUGGCCCGGUCGAAUCCUUCCUAACGGGCCCUGCUCGGGACCGAGGGUUUCCUGUCUUCGCUUUCCUCUGGUUUGAAGGCCUCCAGACAACUCAGGAUUUUCACUGGACUCUGCCACAGUGUCACACGGAGCUCAGAGAUCAUUAUUAUCCAUUUCUGCUCAUCUUCUGACUUCAAACACAUUGGUUCAAUUGCCAAUUUGACUAGUCAUCUGAGAAGUUAACUGUGAACCUAGAGGGGAAAGGGGUCUCUACCGCUGCUGUCCUUUGGGGCCGCUGCGGUUACUUUUUUUUCCCCUGGUAGAUUGAAAGAAAGCACCUGUUUUUACAAAUAAUUUUUUUUUCUCUUCUUUUUUCUUUUUCCUUUUUUUUUUUUUUUUUUUUGCUGGUGUCUGAGCUACAAUAUAAAACAUAAAUCUUGUUUGUGGAACAAAAUUUGGAAAGAAAGAAAGGAAAAAAAAAAACCCAACCCUGUUCUGGUAGAAUUCCACGCUUGAUGGAGUGGGCUUCAGGAAAGGUUUUCUCAAGCAGGUGGAAGGAGUUUUUUUUUUCCAGCACAAAAUCAGUUCCUCAAAUUGACCAAUAGCUGCUGCUUUUGUACUUUUGAUAUGGAUCUGCAGUCCCGGCGUGUGGCUCACGUGUGUACUCUGUGUGUGUGUGCGCGCGCACGCGCGCCUGUGCUUAUGUGUGUGUUCAAAUUACGCGUGCCGAGUUGACUCUUUGGGGAUCAGCCCAGGAAGGUUCUGCUCUUCAGGAGUGUGUGAGCCUCUGAUCCCCUCCGCCUCCUUCUUAUCUGCUGGGAGACUGUGCCCUCAAUAGAUCCUUCUUCUGUCCCAUAGCCUCAGGAGUCUUCUCUCCCUACACUUUGAUGAAAAAUGUUUUCUGGGAGCCAAGGGAGUCAUUUGGAGUGAUAAUGGAUCUUUUCAAGACCAAACAAAGCCAGGACAUUAAAAAAAAAAGAAAGAAAGAAAA